AUGGCGGCUCCCAUAACUACCGUUUCGGAGACCCGUGAGGUCCGCGGACUCAAUCUCAUUGCUGCGCACUCUCACAUCCGCGGGUUGGGGGUGGACCUGGCAACACUCGAGCCCCGAGGUUCGUCCCAGGGCCUAAUCGGACAAGAGAAAGCGCGGAAGGCAGCCGCCGUGAUUCUGCAGAUGGUCAAAGAUGGGAAGAUCGCAGGGAGGGCGGUGUUGGUUGCUGGGCCUCCCAGCUCUGGGAAGACGGCCUUAGCUCUGGCUAUGGCACAAUCUCUAGGCCCAGAUGUGCCCUUCACGAUGCUUGCCUCAUCUGAAAUCUUCUCCCUGGAAAUGUCCAAGACCGAAGCCCUUACUCAGGCCUUUCGCAAGUCCAUUGGCGUACGUAUCAAGGAGGAGAGUGAGAUCAUCGAAGGAGAAGUCGUGGAGAUCCAGAUUGACAGGAGCGUGUCUGGUGGCAAUAAGCAGGGUAAACUUACCAUCAAAACUACCGACAUGGAGACCGUCUACGACAUGGGCACUAAAAUGAUUGACUCCAUGACCAAAGAAAGAGUAAUGGCUGGAGACGUCAUUUCAAUCGACAAAUCAUCCGGCAAAAUCACCAAGCUGGGCAGAUCAUACACCAGAUCGAGAGAUUAUGAUGCGAUGGGCGCAGACACCAAGUUUGUGCAAUGUCCCGAAGGCGAACUUCAGGUUCGAAAAGAAGUGGUUCAUACCGUAUCUCUCCACGAGAUAGAUGUCAUCAACUCCAGAACUCAAGGAUUUCUUGCAUUAUUUUCCGGGGACACGGGCGAGAUACGAAGCGAAGUGCGUGACCAGAUCAAUACAAAGGUCGCCGAGUGGAAGGAGGAGGGGAAAGCAGAGAUCAUUCCAGGAGUCCUUUUCAUUGACGAGGUGCACAUGCUGGACAUUGAAUGUUACUCAUAUAUCAACCGAGCAUUGGAAGCGGACCUUGCGCCGAUUGUCAUCAUGGCGAGCAACAGAGGCAACACGCGCAUCCGAGGGACUAAUUACAACUCGCCCCAUGGCCUACCCCUGGACUUUCUCGACCGCGUUGUCAUCAUCAGCACUCAACCGUAUUCGCCCGAGGAAAUCUCCCAAAUUCUUGCCAUCCGAGCUCAGGAAGAAGAGGUUGACUUAUCGGCGGACGCCCUAGCCUUGCUCACGAAGAUUGGUCAGGAAUCGGGUCUUCGCUAUGCCAGCAACAUCAUUACCACGUCGACUUUACUGAGUCAAAAACGGCGUGCCAAGGAGGUUAGCAUUGAGGAUGUUCAACGAAGUUACAAGCUCUUCUAUGAUCCGGCGAGAUCUAGUAGGCUGGUGAAUGAAUUUGAGAAACAAUUCAUCAGUGAAAAUGGGGAGGUCAGUUUUGUCCUGAAUGGCACCAACGGCAACACCAGCGACGCCAUGGAUACAGCUUGA